GUUUUACAGAGAAGCAGCAGCACGUCUCGUUUUUCUGCCGAGGGACUUUAAUUCCUCUACCCAUAGUCAUAUUCGGCCCUUUCUGAUAUUUUUCUUUGAUAAAAAUUAUCCCACAAAUUUCUCAACCAGGCGAACAUGCUGGCCCCCCAUGACGAAAGCACCGCGUGUGUCGAGAAAAUCGGCACAAAUGGCUUGAUUAUUCAGAAAAUAGCGACCUUCCUGCCCAAUCGGGAUCUAAUUUCUUGCACUCGAGUAAACUCCAUGUGGGAAACAGAAGUUCGGAAACAUCUCCUCUCCCGCUGUCCCGUAACCCUAUCUGCAUUCAAGAUACCCAAAUACCUGGCAGACAUGCAAUAUCGAUCCUAUUGUCACAACAAGGUCAACCUUCCUCUCUCUGGACAAAACGACUUGAGCACUAUAGUCACCCAAUUUGCCUCAUUUGCCGAUGUAAACGCAACAUUCGUCACCCACCUGGUCCUCGAGUGGCAUUUGAACGCGAUUGAACAGAAUCACAAGUUUUUCUCCGUUUUGCAACAAUUUACAAAUCUAAAAUCUUUACAGUUAUGCCCCUUCGUGCGAAGUCUCGGGCAACCACCCCUGCAUUCAGACACAUUCCCGAAUCCCAUCCCGCCAGAAUUUAGUCUCUCCAAAUUAAAAAAAUUGAUAAUUACAGUAAAACCCGACGAUUCCAGAAAUCCUAGGGUCCAAUUUCACAAGUCCAACGUGUUUAGAUUUGUUCGAAAUCUCAUUCCCAAGAUAGUUCCACAUUUCCCCAAUAUUACCCACCUCGGGGUGGGAAACGUCCCCCUGACAAGGGGACAAUUGAGGAAAGACUAUGUCACAUGGUGGAGUUCUUUUGCCUCUAAAUUGACAAGUUUUACCCUGCAGACCCACGACGAUUUGGUGAGGGCAGUUCCACCAAUCUUGUUUGUUGCCGGGGUCACUAUAAACAUAACGAGGCUAGAUAUUUCCUGCAUUUCGUACAUUUCUGCUCCCGACCAAUUUUCAAAUAUUGUUAACAAUCUGGCACCAAGGUUAACCCAUUUGCGAUAUUCUGGUGUCCGGAGUUACGCCAAGGAUGAAGUUUGCACCGUUGGGCUGCCAAUCCUGCCCAAAUUGAAGGUCUUCCACCUAACUAAGGCUCCACACGGGACAGACGACUGGCAUGGCAAAGUACCCGAAGUCAUGUUCAAGUUUGGGAAUGAAGUUUUGAACUACGCGGUCCAAUUUCCCUCCUUGGAGGCCUUGAUUUUCGAGAAAGAAUGGGGAAGGAAUAAUGGACCGAAUUGUGAGAUGCCGAACAGCGCCUUUUUUGAAACAAUGGUUCCAUUACUGUACAAAAGUUUUAUGGCGGAAGGUACAUCGCCGUGUGUAACGUUGAGGCGGUUAGAUAUCCCGUUUCCGGUGGGGUUAAAGUUCAGGGUGGGGCGUGAUGCUGACGAUGGAUGGGAGUGGAGAGAUUCGGCAGAAUUUUUUGAGCGGAUUCGCACCACGUUUCCAAAUUUGGGGUAUCACGUGUUGGAAAAGGCGUGGGUGGAAGGGAGGGUGAAACGGAUGGAAGAGUUUGUUAAAAUGGGGAGAGAGUUGGGAUGUUUGGAGGACGACAUCCACAUGAUGAUGAGACAUGCGAAUUUACUUAUUGGGUGUAAAAAUGUAUAAUGUUAUAAAUAUAAACCAUGUAUGUAAAUUAGAGUUAACACAAGUUUGGUUCAGCUUGAAGUUCAAAAUCUCCGCUAUUUGUAGACCGAUUUUCUAAAUGGUUAUAAAACCUAUUGCCCCAUGGUGCAUAAAACCUUUUUAAUUUUGAAAAUCGGCUUAGAAAUGACGGAGAUUUUGAACUUCAAAUUUUACAACCUGAACCAAAUUGUCUUUAAUUUUAAUGUACGAACCAUAACAUGAAACACUUUUUGCUACCCGAUUUGAAACACAUUUCUCAAAUAUUUAGUUUCUACUUGUAUAUUAAACUUUAUCAAUGUUAAGUAAUAUUUAUAUCUAUCGCAUAAAUUUGAAACACAUUGAUUUUUGCUUCUAGUAAUAUAUUUAUGAGAGUAUUUUUUAAAAGAAUUUUAUACAACAAAGCAUUAAAAAAAGUAUUCUUUGUGAAUACCAUCCAUUUUAUCUAAAUAUAUAUGUGAAUAUAUACAUAUACGUAAGUAUUGUUAGCAUCAUAUGUAUGUAAAUACUACCGAAGUGCGAUGAAUGCUGUGGGUUGGUUUUAGAAAAAAAAUGUUCACAAUCAUGUGGAAAUGUGAUUAGCACAAAAAUAUUUUUAUUCUGGGCAAAGUAUUAACAAAACCAAGCUGGUACCCAGUACUAAAGCUUAUUUCAAAUUUGCUUAUUUCAAGUUUCCCACAAAAAAUGGUGAGUAUGGAGAUUUUUCACCUGAGUAAAAAACAAAAACGGGGAUGAUGAAGCAACGUACCCACCCAGGUGAAAAAUCCCCAUACUCCCGUUUUUUGUGGGAAACUGAGCAAAUUUGAAAUAAGCUUUAGUACUGGGUACCAGCUCGAACGAAACCAUAGAGAUUCGUAUUGGAAAAAGGUUGCGUAAAAUAGUUCUUCGAAUGGUCGAAGACAGUGUUCCAUCUCUACCGGCCAAGUCAUUUUGACCAGUGGCCGGCUAGAAGUGGUCAAAAUUAGUGGAAGCUUAUAUACUGCCAAAACUUCGUCGAAAUGCAAAAUUAUGUAAAUUACUUUCAUCUCAACGAAUAAAAAUACA